AUGCAUCAUUCACUAAACGCGAGUGACAUCAGCGACUUGGACGAAACCAUCAGCGAACCUGAAUCCGUCAUCAGCUUCAAUGAGGAUGUGUAUUUGGUCAUGCAAAACGCUACUAUAUCCACUGCGACUUACGUGGAGCAGGCUCGACAAAUAAUAGAACAGCUAGCGACUAAUCAAAACAGAUGGAUCACGACUCCACCAAGCGUGCAUGAUGUGGAUGCAUCCAGGAUUCUAGACGCGAUGUUGAGGAACGCUCGCGGGACUGGUGGCGAAAGCUCCCAGCGUUAUACCGCCUGCGCUAUUUGCGCAUGCCAAAAGAUCCACGAGCAAGUCAACCUCGCGAGGACUUGGUUCAUGUAUCUGCUAUGGCCAUUCACAGCCGGGGCCCACCAACCAUCAGAUUUGGUUUCUGGUCAGUUCACGUCGACUAUUGACGACACCUAUGGCAGCCUUGCUGUAGCUAUUGACGUUAACUUCCAACAGGUUAAUCGACGAGAUGGUUAUAAAUGCGUUGUUUCAGGUAUAUGGGAUGGAGCACACAGACCCGCAGGUGUCGAACAGGGUUGGGUGAACCUACAAGCAACGCACAUCCUGAAACGGGCUGUCGGGGUUUUCACCAUGGACCGGACACAUACCGCGGCUGCAACGUGGAAUAUCAUUCGGCAUUACUCAGGACUGUCCGAAGAAACUAUUGAUAACAUGGAAAGGCUUGUAGACGACCCUUCCAAUGGCAUGAUGCUGGAAUGGAAUACCCACGAUAAUUUUGACAAGCUGAAAGUAUACCUCGAGCAGACGGAGCGAGAAAAUGAGUACGUGGUCAAGGAGGUUGGGGGCAGGCCGUGGAUGCACCCUCGCAAGCUUCUCGGUAAAACUAUCACCUUCCAGAAUCACGACGCCCCUACGGAAGACCUGCCAUUACCUAACCCUCAUCUCAUCGCACUACACGCAGGUAUCUCCCAAAUUUUGUAUAUGAGCGGCGCAUCCGAGGCAUUUGCGCAGAUAUUGGACAAAUACGAUGGAGCAGCAGGAGGCAAUGUCGGAAGUCUGAAAUGCAAUGGAGAUCCGGUGCAUCAACUAUCUUCAAUGAUGACUGUCUUGUCUAUAUGCGCCUCGUUGAUUGCUUAGUGUCUCGCAAUUACAUGAAGUUCGGUGCAUUGAUUUAUAA